AUGGCGGCUUAUGUUGAGAAAAAGCAAGUCGAUGAGGAUUACAUAUUAAGUAUGAGGAAAAAUGAAACACCAAAUAUUUUGGAAAAUUUGAAAAAAAAUGAGUCAAAUAAUUUUUCAGAUGAUACAACAGAAUCGAUAAGUGCCAUUAAUCCUAAAUCUGUGAAUAAUAAAAAUAGUGUUGAAGAAAAUGAUAAUAUUUUAAAAGAUGAGAAAAGAAUAGACAAAGACAAUAAGGAGGAUAAUAAUUUUAUUACAACCGAUUUAGAAAAACAAACAAAUCAAAUAAGUAUCAAUAUUUUAAACAUUUUAAAAGCAUCAAAUAUUCCAAAUUGUGAUAUAUUAAAAAGAACAAACAAAAGAUUUGCUAAAGCAUUUUUAUAUUUAACUGAAGGAUAUAAUAUGAAUGUAAAAAAUAUAAUAAAAAAAUCUAUAUAUAAAAGAAAUUAUAAAAAUAACUCAUUAAUUAAAAUAAAAGAUAUACAUGUUUAUUCCUUAUGUAAACAUCAUUUAUUACCAUUUGAAGGAUUAUGUGAUAUUGAAUAUAAUCCAGAUAAAUAUAUAAUGGGCUUAUCAAAAUUUUCAAGAGUUACUGACAUAUAUGCACGACGUUUACAAUUACAAGAAGAUCUUACUAACGAUAUUUGUAAUGCUUUAAAAAAAUAUUUAAAACCUUUAUAUAUAAAAGUUACAAUUAAAGCUAAACAUUUAUGUAUUAAUAUGAGAGGAGUAAAGGAACAUGAUGCUAUGACAGUUACACAUGCAUCCUAUGUAUCAAAAAAAGCCACCAAUUCUUUUAAAGAGCAUGUUAAUAAUUCUUCGGGAAAUGAUAUACCAAAAUUGGAUACCCUUGAGCAAGCUUUAUCAUAA